UGUGCGUGUGUGCGUGCGUGUGUGUGUGUGUGUGUGUGUGUGUGUGUGCGUGUGCGUGUGUGGACGUGUGUGGACGUGUAGAUGUGUGCGUUUACCUGCGUGUGUGUGUGAUAGAAUACGAAAUUUAGAUAGAUAUUGGAGCAGUUUAGACACAAUUUUACUCUGGAAACUAACGUUGAACUCUUCGUUCAAUUUCCCAUUUCAUCAAAUUCCGGUUCCUCAUUUUAGAUCGACAUAAUUGGAAUUAAUAUUUGACUAUUAAUAAUGUACCGUAAAACUUGUGUAUCUCUGGCACCACGAUGCGGACGUUCAUAGGCAUAGGAAUUACGCACGCUUCUAACCAUUACGCAUCAACUACAGCGCAAAAUAAAUCAGUAUUGACGAUGUGAUGAUCCUAUUUAGGCUUAUACAAUUAUAUUUAAAAACAUAUAUUAUCAUGUUUAAUGUUUAAAGUUGAUCGAAGUAGGCGGGCAGACAGUAUGACACUCAAUAAAAGAUCAGGGUUUAUCUCAAGCACAUCCUUGAAACGCAUGGUGGCGAUUUCACACCUUUAUCCAAGUCCGGUGGUCUCACGCGGUCUGUUGGCACUUUACGCUUCACCUACCACUCCUUCAACUCACUGUACCAAUGUUAAGGCUCAUCUGAACCAGCCUGAUGAUCAGCAUGUAUCGGCGUUUAAAUGUGUUGAUCUUGACAUGCAUUCAUCUGUUCCCGGGUGUCCAAGUGUCCGGGCAAACGGACCCCAUCUUCAAACUAGAAAACGUGUCAGGGAAACUUGUAUUCUACCAGAAUGAAGGAAACUCGACGUUGGUUCGUGACACCGGAGAGCUCGCCUCAUCUGUCCAGACCGUCGCCAUGUUCCAGAUCUUCGACCCAGAACAAACCUUGGUCCAAACGAAGCUCACCUAUACGUGGGACUUUGGGAACGGGGAGGUGAUCGAAGGAACCGAGCCUGUGGCUCGCUACAACUACACAGAAUCUGGGAACUAUACUCUGCGGCUGCAAGUGGGGGCCAACAUGACCAAACAAGAAGUACCGAUAGCUGGAGAUUACUCGAUGGAUUUAAAAGUUCUUGACGCAAUCAGCAAAAUUGAGAUGGAACGGCAUUCUAGUUACCAUGUGGCCGAGAAUGUCAGCAUGUUCUUUCAUGUUGAUGGGAGCCCCCCCAUGUGGGUGUGCUGGCAGGUGGUCCCAGACUGCAGGUCCAUGACCCCGUCGGUCUGCACUCGGUCGGUGCUGUACAGCCACAUGCUGCGUCUGAACCACACCUUCGCCUCCAGUGGCCUCCACUGCCUGGACAUCAGCGUUCAGAACGACAUCAGCAGCCUGCACUCCUCCUUCAGCGUCUACGUGGGGAGGGGCCGUAACACCAACCUAUUCUUCAUAAUGUCCUGUCUGGCAGUGCUUGCGGCUACCUUCUCCUUCAUUGGCAUCAUCGCCUGUCGCCCGCGUCACCCAAACCUGCUCCAGGUGGGACGCUCCAGCAGUGCUUUAUUCCUAAACGAUGAGGAUGGAAGCCAAGUUAAACUAAGCUUCUCUGGACUGGAGAGAGGAGAGAGCCAGCCUCUCAUUCUUCGACAUGGGCUUAUGGUGUGUUCCUGAAUCCUCGAAGGCCAGACUUCCGAGUCGAAAGUCGAAGAUCUCCAAGCUUUCUCGAAGGCACUCACCCUUUUUUUCUUCACCUUUCGAAAAUUUGAGAGUAGACCGAGGGCAGUGAUGACGCUCUCAACAAAAUGGCUGCGCCCAUUACGAGAUUUUUUUCUUUUGUAUUUGUACCACGUAGGUCAUUUUUAUGUUGACUUUAAAUGCUCUUACACACUUGUUAUAUUGCUACUUUAUUCCGUUCACCAAUU